GGUCAACACAGUGACAGAGCUUAAUUAUCUUAACCAAUCCAACUGAAAACCGGUCACAUAACACCUACAAAUUUCCUGGGUAAAGUGUGCUACUAUUCAUUACUCUCAACGACUCUAUCUUCAUCUACAGAUGUUUCCAUCUCUUCAUCAACUUUUUCAUCAACUUUUUCAUCAACUUCCCCAUCAGCCUGCUGCAUUGGCGAAGGAGGGGCAAGCAAAACAUGUUGUAUUGUCUCGAACAGUGCCAUCAAAGGUUCUUCACUCUUUUCCUCACUUCUCGGAAACCGAACAUCAUAUUCCUCUAUUAUCGGGUAAAUAUGAGAUAGAGUACAUGGUCUGACAUUGAUGAUGUUCAAAAUUUCAGCUUUUGAUAUAUUAAAGCGCAGCUUUUACAUUUUCCCACAAAUUCGUCAAUAAUUUCUCUAGUCUAAUUACUUGUACACAACAAUCUGUUCUAGAUAAUCAAAAACCUUAAACUCAGAUACCAAAAUUGGGAGCAUGACACGUGCAACACCCUUUCCGGCUGCUCUUGAUCUUAGAAACUCAAGCACCUCAAGAUUGCUUUAAGUAUCUUCUUCUUCACCUGAAAGCAAAAAACAGUACUUUGACACUACUAAACUGUUUUUAUAUUUGUUCUUCAAAUCCCAUUAUCAGGAAGAAAAAUCUGAUGCCUAGGGGUUGAGCCGAUUAACGGAGAUACGGAAGGCAGGCGCUCAGCCAGAACUGCAACAAAGUGAGAAGUGAAAUUGAGAGAAGCACACUGCCUCGCAGAAGGGGCGCGCGGCUGCGGCGUGCGGGACUGCUGAAAUGCGACUUGAAGACUGCGAUCUUGCGUCCUUGCGAUUGGCAGAAGUGCCGAACAGGUUCGCUGGAUUGGGUUAAGGAGAGUUCUUCCGGUGGAGUUGUAUGUUGAAAGAAAAGUUCUAUUUUUGAAAGAUAAUCAAAAGUGAAAAAAUUCAUACUCCCUCCGUCCCUAAAAGGAUUGACAAGUUUGACUGGCACGUAGAAUAAUAAAGUAAAAACUGUGUGGUAGAAAUUUGUGCAGAGGAGAGAGAAAUAACAAGAGCCACAAAUUGAUUGAUUAAAAGGGAAAGUGACAAAGUUUUUGGGACAACCAAAAAAGGAAAGUUAGCAAAGUUAUAAGGGACGGAGGGAGUAUUAUUUUUGUUCUUUGGUUUAUUCCCCUUAUAUUUUAAAAGAUUUCACAAGCAAAAGUUUCAAGUAGAUCUUAUAUUAUAGAGUAUAAGACUCUAUAAUAUUGACUUCAUUUAGGUUAUGUUCGUUGUGCACUUUCAGCCCAUAAAGAGCUGGAAUUUCUGAUUCCAAACGUUAAGGGGUUAUCUUCAGCCGAUGAAAUAAUGCACCGACAUACCUAAAUUAUCCCGUAGCUCACAAUCCUUCUCUUUCACACAACAAAUGGCAAUUGGCGACAAGUACAGUACUCUUCUCUUUCUUUCUCAAAUCGUUGACCGUGGAGAAUUCGACUCUCCUAAUCAUAUUCAUCCGCAAAUUGUAGGCCUGUCACUCUUCCUCUCCUCAAGGUUUGAACGCUUCGAGCACAUGCCAACUUCCUGGGUUAGCAGCAACGGCAAAUGUGUUUUGCUUAAGAUUUGUUUGAAGACAUUUGACUUAUUUAUUUUAAUUUUCAACUUCUGGGGUUUGAUUUACUUUGUGGUAUUCUUUGUAAAAAUGGAGCACUUCUUUAUUCAUUCUCUAUUGAGGAUUGAGUACUACUUUUUGUUAAUGUAUAUUACUGGUAUUUGC